AUGUCUGUCCUGCUGGCCCUGUGUGUCGCGCUCCUGCCCCUGGCGACCCCAGGCCGAGGCACCCGGCAAUGGGAGCCCUGCACGGACCUGCGGCCGCUGGACAUCCUGGCAGAGGCGGUCCCCCCGGAUGGCGCUGCGGCCGGGAUCAGGGUGGUGCAGGUCCAGGGCGCGCGAGGACUCCAGCUGCUGGCCGCUGCCCCCCGCGCCCUCAGCUUCCCUGCGUCGAGGGUCUUCUUCAGAUGCGACUUCUUCCCUGAAGAGUUCUCCAUCGUCGUGACCUUGAAAGCGCCGAGUCUUCCGCCUAAGAAGAACGAGUACCUGCUCACGGUGAUGGCGGAGGGGCUGGACGCCCUGCUGCUCGGCCUGCUCUACUCGGCCGCCCGGCUGCACUUCCUCUUCCGCAGCGAGGACGCGGCGGGCAUCUGGCAGACCCGCGUGUCCUUCCGCAGCCCAGCCCUGAUGGACGGCCAGUGGCACACGCUGGUCUUGGCCGUGUCCGAAGGCUCCUUUUCCCUGACCACGGACUGCGGCCUCCCCGUGGACAUAAUGGCUGACGUGCCCUUCCCAGCCACCCUAUCGGUGCAGGGAGCCCAGUUCUUCAUCGGCAGCCGGAGGAGGACCAAAGGCCUGUUCACGGGCCUGCUGCGGCAGCUGGUUCUGCUCCCCGGUGCGGACGCCACCCCGUGGCUCUGUCCCUGCAGGAAUGCCAAGCUCGCCGUGCUGUCCAUCCCCCGCAUCCUGCAGGGCUUCACGGGGAAGCCGGAGGACAACGAAGUGCUGAAGUACCCCUUCGAAACCAGCAUGAAGGUGACACUGGGACCCCGGCCUCCAUGCACCGAAGCGGAGGACGCCCAGUUCUGGUUUGACGCGGGCCGCAAGGGCCUGUACCUGUGUGUGGGCAGCGAGUGGGUCUCCGUGUUAGCAGCCAAAGAAAGACUGGACUACGUGGAAGAGCAUCAGAGCCUGUUCACGGACUCGGAGACGCUGGGGAUCGAGGUCUUCGCCAUCCCCGAGGCCGGGCUCUUCAUAGCGACCGCCAAUCGGAAGGCCACGUCCACCAUCUACAAAUGGACCGACGGAAAGUUCGCCUCCUACCAGGACAUCCCCACGCACCAAGCACAGUCCUGGAGACAUUUCACCAUCGGGAAAAAGAUCUUCCUGGCUGUGGCCAACUUUGAACCGAAUGAAAAGGGUCAGGAGUUCUCCGUCAUUUACAAGUGGAGCCAGAGGAGACUGAGGUUCACGCCUUACCAGAGGGUCCCCACCCACAGCGCCCGGGACUGGGAGGCCUUCGAGGUGGCCGGGGAGCACUUCCUGGCCGUGGCCAACCACCGGGAAGGCGACAACCACAACAUAGACAGCGUCAUCUACAAGUGGAACCCGGGGACCCGCCUGUUCGAGGCCAACCAGACCAUCGCCACGUCGGGCGCCUACGACUGGGAGUUCUUCACCGUGGGGCCCUACGCCUUCCUGGCCGUGGCCAACGCCUUCAACGGCACGUCCACGCGGCUGCAGUCCCGCCUGUACGUGCGGCUGGCCGGCUGCUUCCAGCUCUUCCAGUCCUUCCUGACGUUUGGCGCCGCAGACUGGGAGGUUUUCCACAUCGGAGAGAGGAUCUUUCUCGCUGUCGCGAACAGUCACAGCUACGACGUGGAAAUGCAAGUGCAAAACGGCUCGUACGUCAUCAACUCGGUCAUCUACGAGCUGAAUGUCACCGCGCAGACGUUCGUCAGGUUCCAGGAGAUCCUCACCUGCAGUGCUCUGGACUGGGAGUUCUUCUCGGUGGGAGAAGAUUAUUUCCUGGUGGUUGCAAACUCCUUCGAUGGAACUACCUUCUCGGUAAACAGUAUUAUUUACAGGUGGCAGGGGUACGAAGGCUUCGUGGCCGUGCACAGCCUCCCGACCUUCGGCUGCAGGGACUGGGAAGCCUUCCGCACGGCAGCCGGGGCCUACCUAGUCUACUCCAGCGCCAAGGAGCCCCUGUCCAGGGUGCUGAAGCUGAGGACAGGGUGAUGGGCCCGGGGCCCCAGGGCCAGGACCACCUGGCCGCACCCCAGAAUCCCACCCGAGAAGCUCUGGAACCUCCGGGGGUGGAGGUGG